AUGUUUCGCCAAUUUCUGGCUCUUGCUGCCUUUUGCAUCGUUACAACCAAUUCUCUAGCCACUCCUAUUAUUCCUAAUGGUAUCACCUUGGCGGAGUAUACCAAGUUGUUCGCACUGUGCGAGAACGGAGGCAGCGAGACAUAUGUUGGCGUCCGCUUUGGAGACGACUACUACACAACCUUCGACUAUAAUGCGUGCUACCCCUACAAAAUUAACGGAAAGGUAGCUUCGCAAGCAGUCUUCUGCAAAGCCUCAACUUGUUACAAUAAUCCGUACGUGUAA